GGGUUGCUGAUUUCACGGCUGUUCUCGUGGCCUUCACUUUCCGUGUCUUGUUCGACCGUCCCUUUUCCUCUCCCUGGCACAUAGUUUAUAGGAGUUUUGUACUAACAAAACGAAACCAAACUGAUUUCUUCUUCUUUUUUUAUAUAUUUAACCAAGCUCCUCAUAUAUCCAUCUCUGUCUUUCUUUCUCCUUUCAAGUUGUAGUUUCGGAUCAAUAUGGAUAAAUAAGGCUACACAAGCUUGCAUCUUUUACACCCCAGAUCUGCUUCUCUUCAUUUUAUCAACACAAGGUCUUAAAAGUUUUGAGAAUUGAUUGGCUAUAGUAAAGCAUGGCGUUAGGCAAAUAUAGUAGGGUAGACAAUAGAAGACAUAAUUCGAGUUACUACUCAACAGUCACGAUUGUGGUGUUUGUGGGUCUCUGCUUGGUUGGGGCAUGGAUGAUGACAUCGUCAUCUGUGGUUCCUGGUCAAAAUGUAGACGUUCCUGCUCAGGAAAACAAGAAUGAGGUGAAACAACAAGUGACUGAGAGCAAUGAAAUCAACACUAAGCAAUUUGAAGAUAACCCAGGUGAUUUGCCUGAGGAUGCAACAAAAGGUGACAACAGUAUGCCCGAAGAGAAGCCCGAGGAGAAGCCAGAGGAGAAGCCCGAAGAGAAGCCAGAGGAGAAGCCAGAUGCAACAAAAGGUGACGACAGUGUGCCUGAAGAGAAGCCCGAGGAGAAGCCAGAAGAGAAGCCCGAGGAGAAGCCAGUAGAGAAAACCGACGAAAAAUCUAAUGAAGAGACAAAGUCGGAUGAUGGUUCAGAUACCGAGACACAAAAUGGAGUCAACAAUACAGAAGAUGUGGAUGCUAAAACCAACGAUGGAGAAACAAACACAGAAGAUGGAGGGACAAAGGCAGAUGAUAGUGAAGGUAAUGCAGCUGGACAAGGAGAUUCCGAGGAGAAUUCUACAGAGAAGAAACCUGAUACUGAUGAGACCGAAACAAAAUCCGAUGAGAAUGCUGGUGAAGAUAAGGAUAGGGAAACAGGGAAUGAUCAGCUAGAUGAGAAGGUGGAUCAGAAAGAUGAUAAGGACUCCGAUAAAAGUUCUGAUGGGCAGGCCAACAACCAGAGUUCAGGCGAGCUACUUCCUUCAGGGGCUCAGUCAGAGCUUUCGAAUGAGACCUCCACUCAGAGUGGGUCGUGGUCAACUCAGGCGGCAGAGUCAAAGAAUGAGAAGGAAACUCAACAGUCUUCUAACCAGCAAAAGGGGUACAAUUGGAAACUGUGCAAUGUCACUGCUGGGCCUGAUUUCAUCCCAUGUCUUGACAAUUUGCAAGCAAUCAGGAGUCUUCAAUCUACAAAGCACUAUGAACAUCGAGAGAGGCACUGUCCUGAAGAACCUCCAACCUGUCUUGUUCUGCUUCCUGAAGGAUAUAAACGGCCAAUUGAGUGGCCUACAAGCAGGGAAAAGAUAUGGUACCACAAUGUUCCCCACACCCAGCUUGCACAAUAUAAGGGGCAUCAAAACUGGGUGAAAGUUACAGGUGAAUUCCUCACUUUCCCUGGUGGUGGAACCCAGUUUCAGCAUGGGGCUCUCCAUUACAUCGACUUCUUAAAUGAGUCUGUGCCUGGCAUUGCAUGGGGAAAACGAACCCGUGUGAUUUUGGAUGUUGGAUGUGGAGUUGCUAGCUUUGGAGGAUAUCUUUUCGACAGAGAUGUCCUAGCAAUGUCAUUUGCCCCUAAAGAUGAGCAUGAAGCUCAAAUACAAUUUGCUCUUGAAAGAGGAAUCCCAGCUAUAUCUGCCGUGAUGGGAACAAAGAGGCUUCCCUACCCAGGCAGAGUUUUUGAUGCUGUCCAUUGUGCACGCUGUAGAGUACCUUGGCAUAUUGAAGGUGGUAAACUUCUUCUGGAGCUGAAUCGUGUGUUGCGACCUGGUGGUUUCUUUGUGUGGUCAGCCACUCCUGUUUAUCAGAAACUAGCUGAAGAUGUUGAAAUUUGGCAAGCCAUGACUGAACUAACAAAAGCUAUGUGCUGGGAACUUGUGUCUAUUAACAAGGAUACACUUAAUGGAGUUGGUGUAGCUACGUACAGGAAGCCUACUUCCAAUGACUGCUAUGAGAAAAGAUCAAAACAAGAGCCUCCACUUUGUGAAGCAUCUGAUGAUCCUAAUGCAGCCUGGAAUGUGCCAUUGCAAGCAUGUAUGCAUAAGGUGCCUGUAGGUUCACUGGAACGUGGGUCUCAAUGGCCAGAGCAAUGGCCCGCAAGGUUGGAUAAAACACCUUAUUGGAUGUUGAGUUCCCAAGUAGGAGUUUAUGGUAAACCCGCACCAGAAGAUUUCACUGCAGAUUAUGAGCACUGGAAGCGGGUGGUCUCCAAUUCAUAUCUAAAUGGAAUUGGAUUAAACUGGUCAUCUGUGAGAAAUGCCAUGGACAUGAGAUCUGUUUAUGGAGGUUUUGCUGCAGCUCUGAAGGAGUUGAAUGUGUGGGUCAUGAAUGUGGUCACAGCAGAUUCACCAGAUACUCUACCUAUAAUUUAUGAACGUGGGCUUUUUGGAAUUUAUCAUGAUUGGUGUGAAUCAUUUAACACUUAUCCAAGAUCUUAUGAUCUUCUCCAUGCAGACCAUCUCUUCUCCAAGGUUAAAAAGAGGUGCAAUCUGGCGGCUGUAUUUGCUGAAGUUGAUAGAAUUCUUAGGCCAGAAGGGAAGCUCAUUGUCCGGGACAAGGUGGAGAUCAUUAACGAGCUGGAGAACAUGGCAAGGUCUAUGCAGUGGGAGGUUAGGAUGACCUACUCUAAGGACAAGGAAGGAUUGCUGUGUGUUCAGAAAUCCAUGUGGCGGCCCAAAGAGUCAGAGACGAUCAAUUAUGCUAUUGCUUAAGCAUGCUUCCAGCCCAGUUGUCGGCACUUCCAUUCUUGGUAUUACUAUUGCCAGUGAGCUUAGGUAUUCAUUUUGCUCCGGUUGCUAAAUACAAUUCUUGUAACUGUCUGUAUCUCCAUGUUAGCUGAUGUACCAUGAUAAUUAGGCUCGUCACCAUCCAACAUUUUCACUAUCUUUUGGUUUUAUGAUUUCUGUCCCAAAAUUUCUGUCACAGUUUUCGUUGUAAUAUUGUUAUUAAAAGACGAUACAUUCUUUAAGUGUAAAGCCCAAUUGUUAGAAGUUUGGACGAAAAUCAAAGUUCCCAUGAAAGAAACAUGUAACGCUGAAUUUGUUUCUAUUGUAUUCCCAUGAAAGAAAAGUUUGAUUUUGCACAA